AUGGUCGUGGCAACCAUGUGGCGCUCUACAGUCAUGCUAACCUGGCUGUUGGCCUCAGAGACAGUACAUUCCCUACCUUGGCCGGUCGAGCCGACCAGUACCAUUGAGUUUAGGACCCAAUAUCCUCCCAAGACGCAGGAGGCUAGAUUGCUCGUACCCGAGACACACGGAUUCUAUCCGACGAGUUUGGAACGCGAAGGUCGCUUGGCGAAGCAGCCCUUCCCUACUAACUUGAAAUUGGACCAUCUAUUGGACCCGUUGCUGCAUCCUCAAGCUGGUUCCAAAUCCGGUGUGCUGGAUUUGUUAUUAUCGGGCCUACUGCCGCAAACUCAUCACGUUCCCACUAAGCGUCCGACUACAAAUCCCCCAGUUGUAACCUCGUCUUCACCCUCAGAGGCCUCAACCUCAGACCAGACACUGCCACUAAUCACCAGCCCGCCGGUGGUGCCAACUGCCAGCUCAAGCUUGACUACGGCCAACGAAGAAGCCUCAGACGCGAUUGUCAGUCAGAAUACUGGCUCGACUAGGCCAGGUUAUUCAUCUCAAGACAAUAACUCGUCUAGCUCUUCGGAAACAGCCAGUGAAACUACGUCUGCUGGUGAAACCCAGGCGACAAUUUCCACCACGUCAGGCGGCUCAGUUCAGGAGAGUCAGUCAUCCAGUGAAACUACGUCUGCUGGUGAAACCCAGGCGACAACUUCCACCACGUCAGGCGGCUCAGUUGAGGAGAGUCAGUCAUCCAGUGAAACUACGUCUGCUGGUGAAACCCAGGUGACAAUCUCCACCACGUCAGGCGGCUCAGUUCAACAGAGUCAGUCAUCCAGUGAGACAGUAUCUGCUUCCGCUACCCCCAUGGCAGGCGGUCAAGACGUCUUUGUUCCAGUGUCGAGUGGUCCGAUUCCCAACACGAUUGACUCGAGAAACGAUCAUCCCGUACCUAAAAAUGGAAUCGUCGAUACGGACACUCCUGUUGAGACGAACAAGUUCUAUUGUGGGCUCUUCUUGGGAACGCAAACCAACGACACUUUUACGCACCCCUACAGCAUUGCUUGGGUGAAGGGAAGUGGAACGACGCAAAGCUAUGGCAUGGCCAUCUCCCAUGUCGAGAGUAACGUAGUCGCGCAGGGCCCGGUCAAUACAGCAAUUCCCGGUAGCCCCAUAUCGUAUUAUAUCAAUGCGAUCGGCAUCCGUUCCAUUAUUCUGUCAGCAAGUGAGCUGGGGGCAUCUACUGUACUCACCACUGAAAAUCCGCUCCCCUUCUCGGCCAACGCGGUGCUACGACCUUCUGCCGGCUCAUCCCAGAGCAUCACCUUCCCUGUAGUGCAGGGCAUGGGAUUUGUGACUGGCAUUUACAGCAACUUGCAGCCUAUGAUCCAGAGUGGUGUCUUCUUCAACAAAAUGGUAACUGCUGGAUCGCCACGUGCUGGUAUAUUCAAAUACAUCCUAUCCCUUGAGGAUGGAACAUCAUGGCUUCUCUACGCAACGCCUGACGACGGGGCUGACCCAGAGCUACGGUUGGUGUCAAACAGCGAGAUUAGCGGGCCCGCCGGCUGGUCAGGCACGAUCCAGGUGGCCAAGAACCCGGCCGGCGCAUCUGGCGAGAAGUUCUACGAUAACUCUUCAGGUGUUUAUGCUGUCGAGGGUGCGGUCAUGGGCUCAGUGUCGGAGAGUACUGGAACGUACAAUCUGAUGUGGGCUAAGGCAGGAAAGGAUGCGCAGAACACCCCGUUGCUGAUGUUUGCUCUCCCACAUCAUAUGGAAUCGUUCGACGCCAGUACACAAAGCCGAGCGACGAGUAUCACGCUUAGAACCACCACCAAAGGCCAGGCGACCGCGGUCAUUGGGGAGUAUUGGACAAUGGUUGAACCUGAGCUCCCCAUUUCCAUGGGCUUUGCCCCAUGGUCGGUUUCGGGAGGCAGCAUUGACAGAAUAUCGCCCGCAGCCCAGCAGGUCAUCCUGGCUGCAGCUCCCACAGAACUUCAACAAGAUAUGGACGCUCAGACCGAUCUCGAUAGCAUGUAUUUCAGCGGCAAGGCUCUGAGCAAGUUUGCUACCCUUGUGUAUACAGUUGACAAGCUGGGGGGUAACAGCACUCUGGCGGCUGAGGGCCUUGCGCGGUUGAAGAACUCCUUUGCCCGUUUCAUCGAUAACAAGCAACAGUUUCCGCUUGUCUACGACAAUGUCUGGAAAGGAGUGGUAUCCUCUGCCAGCUAUGCCUCUGGUGAUGUGGGCGCUGAUUUUGGAAAUACGCUUUACAACGACCAUCAUUUCCACUACGGAUACUUCAUCCAUGCUGCUGCAAUCAUAGGAUCCAUGGAUCCUCAGUGGCUUCUAACAAGCAAAGAUUGGGUCAAUAUGCUUGUCCGUGAUGCCGGAAACUCGGCCGGAGAUGAUCCGCUCUUUCCGUUCUCGCGCGGGUUCGACUGGUUCCACGGUCAUUCUUGGGCAAAGGGUCUUUUCGAGUCCUUUGACGGCAAAGACGAGGAGUCAACUUCGGAAGAUGCGAUGUUUGCGUACGCUCUGAAGAUGUGGGGAAAGACUAUUGGGGAUGCCAGUAUGGAGGCGCGAGGCAACUUGAUGCUGGGCAUCCUGCGCCGAAGCCUCCGGAAUUACUUUUUGAUGGAAAGCGACAACAAGAACCAGCCGGCGAACUUCGUUGCCAACAAAGUUACUGGCAUAUUGUUCGAAAACAAGGUGGACCAUACUACUUACUUUGGCAACAAUCUGGAGUAUAUUCAGGGGAUCCAUAUGCUACCCCUCCUCCCGUCUUCUGCGUUUGUUCGCAGCAAGGAGUUUGUGAAGGAGGAAUGGGAUGCCAUGUUUGCAAGCAACGGCCCAGCGCCAGCCGAGAACGUGGUAGGCGGGUGGAAGGGCGUACUGUACGCCAAUCUCGCACUGGUGGACCCAGCCGCUUCGUGGAACUUUUUCACGCAACCCAACUUCGACUACAGUUGGAUUGACGGGGGAGCCAGCCGGACGUGGUACCUUGCCUAUGCAGCAGGACUCGGUGCUGUGCCAUCCUAA